UGCAGGAAACGAAACCCAGAGGGUUCACGAGCAGGCUGAGCUGCGGGGCUGCACGGAUGCUGUCACAGCUGCUGUCGUGCCUCAUGGAGCUCUACAACACCCCGUCAGAGCAGCUGGACAAGUUCAUCUACGAGGUGCUGCAGCCUGACCGCACAUUCCUGGAGCAGCUGCGCUGUGCUGUGCACACCAUCUGCGAGUUCCUGCGGGACAACUGCUUUGCGGGGGCUCCUCCACCCCGAACACGGGUGCUUAAGGUCGUGAAGGGUGGCUCUGCAGGCAAAGGCACAGCCCUCAAAAAGAGCUCUGACGCUGACCUCGUGGUGUUUCUCAGCUGCUUUGAGGACUAUAAGGACCAGGAGAAAAACCGGGCAGAGAUCAUCCGUGAGAUCCAGAAGAGGCUGGUGGAGUGCCAGCAGCAGAAGCAUUUUGAAGUGGAGUUUGAAGUGAGUCGUUGGUCAAAUCCCCGCGUGCUGAGCUUCCAGCUGAGCUCCAAGACGCUCCAUGAGUCCAUCAGCUUCGAUGUGCUGCCGGCCUAUGACGCGCUACACCACCUUGUCUCUGGCUACAAGGUCAACCCCACAGUUUACAUCCAGCUCUUCCAGCAGUGCUCGCGGGGAGGUGAAUUCUCCACCUGCUUCACGGAGCUGCAACGGGACUUCAUCAUCAGCCGCCCCACCAAAGUGAAGAGCCUGAUUCGCCUGGUGAAGCACUGGUACAAGACGUACAUCUGUCCACACAAGUGGGCGCUGAGAGGUGGCGAGACCCUGCCACCGCAGUAUGCCCUGGAGCUCCUGACAGUCUACGCCUGGGAGCAGGGGAGUGGGGAAACAAACUUCAGUGUGGCCAAGGCCUUCCGCACAGUGCUGGAGCUGCUCCAGCACUACCAGCAGCUCUGUGUCUACUGGACUGUCAACUACGACUUCAGGGAUGCGACUCUGAGUUGCCACCUGUCAUCCCAGCUCAGCAAAAGCAGGCCUGUCAUCCUCGACCCGGCUGACCCAACCAAUAUUGUGGGCAAAGGGAGCCGCUGGGACCUGGUGGCGAAGGAGGCUGAAAAGUGCUGUAGUCAGCGAUGCUGCAUGUACAGCAAUGGAGUGCCUGUGCAACCAUGGGACGUGUCGCCUGAGCAAACACGCUGAAAAAGCAAGGAUGUCCAGAAAUGGAACUACCUGAGACUGGCUGAAGACCAGUGCAUUCUGCUGUCAGCACCCUAGCCUGUGCCAAUCUCUCCUAUCAGCACCUUCCCAAGGUCACAGCAGUCAGAAGAGCAGCCGUCUUCCUGCACUAUCCUCUGAGGGACCACUCUUGAGCACAUCCUUGGGCAGGAGGGCAUGGGAAGAGGGGGUGGGAUGAAGGCAGGGACCCCCCGGGGUCUGCUCCCGUUCCCUGGGCUCAGGAGCGAUGGCCAUGGGGCUGGUGUCACCUCUGGUAGAAUGUGCCCAGUUCCCACUGGCACCCCGGUUCUACAGGGUAUUGUGCCUGCUGGUGAUGUUAUUCCCUGCGGGGGAAGGGGAGGAGAGCUCUCCAUGGUGGUGGGCAGCUGUCCUCCUGCUGCCCUGCCUCCUCCUCCUCCCCUUGCUGCGGGCACCUUCUCCUCCCCAUCUGCAGCCUGGCUCCCAGCCCUGUCCCUUAGUUCUUGGCUAAUAAAGCCCCAUGGUUUCUCUGCGCAGUCUCCAGAUCAUGAGUCACUGGGUCCAGGGGCCUGUGUAGCUGUAUUCGUCCAGACCUGGUAUUUCAGGGAGAUGUAUGAUGGUGAAGGAGUAGCAGGUGACUUGUGCCAUAGGGUUCACAUACAAAUGCAGCCUCCCUUUGGCCUUUUCUCCUCCUUGCUCCUUGGCCUUGGCCCAAGACUUGGGCCCAGAACCAGUGGAGACAGAGACCACUGCUCUGCUGUGCCUGGGAAGACUUACAUGGGAGAGAUGUUGGUCUCCCAGCAAGAGGGGCCUGGCCUCAUCCUCCCCACUCCCAGCUCAGGGCCAUGGGCCUGCAGAGCCCAGUCUGUAGAGCUGGCAGUGCAUCCUUGGGCAGCAGGUGGGAACAUCUCCUGCCUUCAUCUCUGAGCAGGCAGGCCCUCCCCUGCUCAAGCAACACAGCUCCUCACCUCCAGCUGGCCUUAGCUCUGCCCUGCUCCCCAGGAGCACCACAAGGGCCUGAUGUUAUGUGUCAACUGAAGCAGAGGGAAUACGUGGAGGGAUCCCAGGGGCAUCGUCCAGCCCAUUCUGCAGGGCCAGGAGGCUCACUGACUCACCAUUCAGCCCCCCCUUCCUGAGUCCAGCGGCAUCUCCUCCUCACUAAAUCCUACUGUGCUUUCCGUUCACUCUCUUCUUUCUGCCACCAUCGUAGCGUAGGUUUGACAGGCCAACAGGGAGUCACAACCAGCUCUCACCCAGUCCAGGGAGGCCACUUCUCCCACAAGAUUUCAUCCCUCAGUAGUCAGGGCAUAGCAGCCCUUGCGUUGUAAAUGCAUGUGGGCUGCUUUCCUGGGUUGCUGUCAGGCACACGGCACCAUCCUAUUUCAGAAAAGGUGCUGAGAGCUGACAGCCACAUGGGUGAACUUUGCUUUUCACGCUUCCAGGGUGCAGGGAAAGUGACAUCUCACAUCCCCUAGUUUCCUACGGCCCUUCCAGGCUUGUGCAGCUCAGCUAGAGCUUUGCCUUUUCUGCUGUGGGGAGGCUGGGAUGCGCAUGGCCUGCAAUAUAGCCUUUCCUGGGGCUGCUGUGUGGGCACAGAGGCUGCAAAGGGUGUGUUCCCCAGCUAGGCUGCCCAUUUGAAAGCAUUGCUGUGGCUGCCUGAGCAGGGACAUGGGGCUGGAGCAUGGUAAGGGACAGGGCAGGAAGGCUAUGGAGAGAGAGGCUGGCAGGAGGCUGGGAGGGGGCUCUCCCUGGCAAGCCAGUGUAGUGGUGGGAGAAAGGCCAGGGGAGGAGGACCCCGGGCAUGGGGAUCAGAGAGAGAGGAGAUGUAGGGGACACUGCUGGACUGGACCCUGCUCCCCACCCUGAAAUCCCGGGAGAGGGAUGUGUGGGUGCUUUCUGUGCUUCCCUGCAUGGAGGCAGGGCCACAAGGUGGGGCUGAUCCUGAGGGAGUCUCUGGCCUUGCCCUGGUGCUCUCUGUCCCUAAUAGGGAUCCAUGUCCCUGUUCCCACUUGGCUGGCAGUCAGUGACCACAGGAGUGGUGUGUGGAGCCGCAAUGGCUGUAAGUGGCAGUUUACUUAGUGAGGGAGUGCAGUGCUUGAGGCAGUCAGGAAUUGCUGUGUGCAAGUCACAGCUGCUUCCAGCCAGCUUAGAAAGUGAUGGAAACAUCAGCCUACCUGGGCAGCACACCGCACUGCAAUCAGACAUACUUAAGAAAGCCACAGCUUUGAGGGGCUGAAGACACCCUUUUGGGAUGACAAUGCAUGCCAAAAGGAUAUACGGAUACCCCUGAGAGAUUGCAGUCUGUGGGCAACCCACACCACGGCAGAGACACCUCUGAGGGACUGUGGCUGUGGCGGACCCACCCCAGGGCAGACACAUCCCUGAAGGAAUAGACCAGCAGUAGAAACCAGUAAGAAGCAAAGAGCAGCAGAAAAGAAAGCACUGUUUAUAUGACCCCAACCUCUUGCGCUGCCUGUUGCCUCACAAGAGGAAUUUGGAUGGACUGAAUAUUUUCUGUGGCAAAAAGAAGGGAAGUGGUGACUAGGGAAGGGGGAGGAAAGAUGUUUAUGAAAGUGUUUUUUUUGAUUCUCUGUCCUUUUUUUUUUCCUCAAUAUUUGCAUCAGUUGUCAGAAGGCUGUGUUAAUUGACAAGAAAUUAAGUAAACUGACCUUCAAUGACUCGAGAUGGCUUUGCCCACAACAGAAUCACAGACAUCUCCAGCACUCCUUGGGGGCUGCACCUACUGUCCACCUCUGUCAUUUCCUGGGUCUUUCCUACCCUGCUGCCCUCAGCCCAGCCUCUCCAGCAGACCCACUUGUUCCUCUCUCUGCCGUGUCAAUGUGAUGGCUGUGAUGGAGCAGAGUGGCUGCGAGACGCCUCCUUUUGAAGCCCUUUCCUCAAGAGGUGGAGAGCUUUGUUUUUCCUUUGAUGGAGGAAGAUCCCCUCAGCCUGGAGGACAGAGGAGAGCCAUGCUAGAGAAGAUAGGCCUGGUGGGACCUUGGAGGCCUCUUUGUCAAGGAGACUGGACCAGAGGGCCAAGCAAAGAGAGAUGAUGCCACUCUACAGCCUUCUCAGGCCAGGAGAAAGACUGGCGGUCCAAAUGCAGGUGUGGUCCUGACCAGACUGGCCUUCAUCUCCCAUUGGGACGGCACUGCAGGGCACUGACCACCCCAAUGUCAGCUCUACCAGAGAGCAGCAAGGGCCGGCAGCUCCCUCAGGGUAGGUGUGAGCUGGGAGCUGUGGGAGGCCCCAGGGCAGGGUAUCCCUCACUGACAGCAUGCAGUCCCUCAGGGACUGAACGUGGCAAGCAGAGCUGGGUGCUGGGUAACAGGGUCCAUCAGCAGUCCCGAACAAGGGGAAGCAAUGAACCCUGCCCAGGGCCCAUUCAGAAAGACCUGUCAGGAACAAAAGGAGCUGGGGCCAGAGAUAGGACCGGAGACUACCUAAAAUAUGCACCUGAGAUCCGUUCAGGAGGCAAGUUGAGAGAAGAAAGGGGUCGGGCAGUGCUGAUGUCCCCUGGUGGGCAUGAGAACCCCCACAGGGCUGGCUGGGAGGCAAGCCUUGCUCACAUGCACAGGGAAUAGCCGCCGAUUGCCAGGUUUGGGGUCAGGAAGGGCUUUUCCCCCAGGACAGAUUGGCACCGGUUCCCAGGAGGUUUUUUUUUGCCUUCCUCUGUUGCAUUGAGCAUGGCCUGUUCCCAAGGCUCCUCUGGGCCAUUUCAGGCCAGUGAUUCCCUGCUCUUGCAGGACCAAGACACCAGCUGUGCCCUGCAGCUCUCUGGCUCUCUUCCCUGGGGCAAGUUCGCAGCAGGAGCUCAGGGACUUCAAUGUAUUACAUAUCAUUGGCGUGUUCUGGCUUGUGCAAAAAAACCUGGAAAGGCUCAAGGCUUGAUGCUCCAUCAGGAAGGAGCUGCCACUUGUCAGCUGUCCCUGCAUGCAAUAAAAGUGCAAUGCUUGUA